AGAAAAGCAAACAAUCAGAAUCCUAAUCCUCUGUUCCUUCUUCUUCUUCCCAAUCGAAAUUUCUCAUAAUAUCAGUUCAGCUUUAUCCACAAUUUCCUGCUAUGGCGGCUGACGGCGGGGCGAUGGGAGUGGUGAAAAGGGUGAUUAGCGGCGCGUCCAAUUACUUCCACUCCCUGGCGACGGAGACGCCGCACCGGCUGCGGAAGAGGGUGCUCGCCACGUGGACGCCGGAGCAGGAGCUGACGCAAGUCCGGCUUCGGUCCGGCGCCGACAUGAAGCGGAAGCUCCAGUGGUACGACCUGAUGGCGCUCGGGAUCGGCGGAAUGCUCGGCGUCGGCGUGUUCGUCACCACCGGGUACGUCGCCGGGACGUACUCCGGCCCGGCGGUGUUCAUGUCUUACAUCGUCGCCGGCAUUUCCGCGCUGCUCUCCUCGCUCUGUUACGCCGAAUUCUCCGUCCAAAUCCCCGUCGCCGGCGGCGCCUUCAGUUACCUCCGCGUCACUUUCGGGGAAUUCGUAGGGUACUUUGCGGGGGCAAAUAUAGUGAUGGAGUAUGUGUUAUCAAAUGCUGGGGUUGCUAGGAGUUUUACUGAUUACCUUUGCCGUGCCGUUGGGGUAAAUGACUCGAACCUGUGGAGGGUUAAUGUGGACGGGUUGCUGCCCGGUUACAACAACCUGGAUUUCCCAGCUGUUGCUCUCAUCCUACUACUCACCCUCUGCCUUUGCCAUAGGUUGGUUGGUUCCUUUUCUUUUCUUUCUCCUCUUCUUCCUCUUCGUGUUUCAAUCGUAUUCCAUGUGAUGUUCUUCGGGUUCAUCAUAGUGGCUGGUUUUUACAACGGGAGUGUCAAGAACCUGGUGAAGCCUAGUGGGAUGGCUCCCUUUGGUGUGAAAGGCGUGGUAGAUGGCGCGACCAUCGUCUACUUCAGCUACAUCGGCUACGAUUCGGUUUCCACCAUGGCCGAAGAGAUUCAGAACCCUGCCAAAGCUCUGCCCCUAGGGAUCGUGGGCUCUGUUCUCAUUGUAUGCGUUCUCUAUUGCUUGAUGGCUCUGGCUCUUUGUGUCAUGGUGCCUUUCAAUAUGAUACCAAUGGAAGCAUCAUUCUCGGCAGCAUUCCAACAGAUAGGGUGGGGGUGGGCAAGCAAUGUGGUUGGAGGUGGUGCGAGCUUGGGGAUAACUGCCUCUCUACUUGUUGCCAUGCUUGGCCAAGCUAGGUACCUUUGUGUCAUUGGGAGGGCCAGGCUAGUCCCAUCUUGGCUGGCUAAGGUCAACCCCAACACCGGCACUCCUCUCAAUGCUACCCUCUUCUUAGGGCUCUGCACGGCAUCGAUCGCUCUGUUCACAGACCUCAGCAUAGUGUUCGAAAUGAUCUCUCUCAGCACGCUCGUGGUGUUCUACCUCGUCGCCAACGCCUUGAUCUACCGACGGUACGUGAUCCUCGGGGGAAACCCACUUCCCAACACCUUCCUCUUCCUCUUCCUCCUCACCGCCACGUCCGUAGGACUCUCAGCCUCGUGGAAGCUCGACGCCGAGUGGUGGGGGGUCCCGGUGUUUGGAGGGGCCAUGAUCGCCACCACGGGGUUCUACCAGCAGCUGGUGGUGGUGCCAUACGUUUACCAGCCCGACGACGGCUGCUGGCUCGUGCCCUUCAUGCCUUGGCCGCCCGCCAUCUCCAUCUUCCUCAACGUGUUCCUCAUGUCGACAUUGAAGCUGGUUUCUUUCAAGAGGUUUGCGGUUUGGGGGUGUUUGAUUACUCUCUUCUAUCUCAUGUAUGGUGUGCAUUCUACUUAUAGAGCCGAGGAGAUGGGAUUAGGGAGUGGUGGUGGUGGUGAGAUUCCGCUGCAGAAUUCGGAAUCCUCGUCCGCCUGUUCAGCAGAAUGUGCAUAAGUUGGGGGAGGGAUUCAAAUGAAAUGAUGACAAAUUGAGAAAAAAGGUAUUAAAAAAAUGAGGGGUGUGAUCAAUUUUUGCCCUCUCGUCUCUCCAUUUGUCGUGGUAAAUAUAUGGACAUGGCUAUUCGUCGUCCUAAAAAUUUGAAUUUAUCGCCCUAAAACACAUGAAAUUACACAUUUAUCCUUAAACCAAUUA